AACAAUAUAAAAGGGCCCAUUGAGAGGAGUGAAGUGUAGAGUCGAGUCAACCAAGCCAGGAGUCCAAUUGACAACGACCACUUUUUACCAAAUCUGUCAAAGGGCCCUCAUUCGUAAACCCUAUAUAUACUCUGCGGGACCCUCUUUCUCUCUCAUUCCACCGUCACUGUUACAAUCCCAUCCCAUCUUCUUCUGCGUGCAAUCCUCUCUCGUCAAUGCAGGCUAUAGUGGAGGGUACUCUACACACGUGCUGGUUCAGUUAACGUUGACUUAUGGCGCCGUUUGGUUCCAGCACAGCUAGUCGCGAGGAAUCGACUUUCAAGGGGACUUUGUCAAAUGGGCAGAGGGAAAAUUCGGUAAUUGGUGAUUCGGAUAGGUCUGCAAGCGUUCUUGAGGGUAAUGCCAGUCAGGCGUUUGUUUCUGGUGCUAAUAUGUUGCAGGGAAGUUCGACAUCUUCAGCUGAUUCGGAUCCAUCAGCUCAGUCUUCAAAGUUGGAUCCAAAAGCCACAAGUCAAAAGUAUACUGUUACUAGUUCAGGUGAGUUAAGACAGGUCCUGGGGACAUCUCUUGGAAACAGCCUUGAAGAUUGUGCUUUUCGAACUGCUAAUCUGAUCUCCCGCUUACCAGCGGAUUCGGAGAAAUUGAAAGAAUUCAAAGUACGAAUGCAAGAGGCUUCUGGCAAGUCUAGAUAUGAAAAAAGGUUGGAUGAAUCUGUACACAAAUUGAACAAAGUUUGGGAGGCUGUAAAGCCAAAAAAUCAAUUUCAAAAUGAGUUGUUGCCAAAUGAAACGAUAAGUGGGUCCCAUUUAUCAAAAAUGGGAAGUCAGACUCAUCGAAGCCCUACAGAGUUUGCAAAUCCAAGAUUAAAGAGCAGGCCUAAGAAUGUCAUUCUGAAUAAGUGCAUCCGUACAUCAGCUAUUGAGAUACAGGCCGAAGGGCAAAACAAUAGCUUUGGACAGCCUUUGGCAAUCGGAAAGAAUAGAGAGAACAUCGAGGAUGGUGGUAAGGUUUGUGAUGGUGUUGAAGAGAAGAUUCAAAGGUUACCAACAAUUGAAGAAACACGGGAAAGAAAAGCAAAAAGAAAACCGUCCAUGUGCACUGGCUCUGCUGGAUCCAUUGACGGGGAAGGAAAACCGAAAAGAGCUAUGUAUCUAAAGCGAGCUAAUGAGUCUGGUGUGCAGUCUUGUGAUGCCAUAGGUUUGAGGUUUGUGGACCAUGACAAAAAUUAUACCGGUGGUAUUUAUCUACAGACAAAAGGCAAAGCUUCAAGGGCACCUCGAACUGGUAAUUUGAUAGUUGGAAAUUCAUCUUCCCUAUCUCAUUCUUCCGAAACACUCGAAGCCUUGGAGCAACCUUCAAAUGUGAACGAGCCUCAUUCAGUAAGUGGGACAAUCAAUGGUAAACGUACCCAUUUGGCACAAUGGGUUAGGCAGAGACCUCAAAAAAUUUCUCGCACUCGAAGAGCAAAUGUGGUAUCCCCGUUCUUAAAUUGUGAUGAAAUGCAAGUUCCAUUAGAAGGUUGUUCCCCUUCUGAAGCUGGUACUAGAACAAAUUCUACUACAACUAGUGGACCACCAAUAUCCAAGGGUGCUAUCAACAACAUUAAUUGCGAUAGAAUGAAAAAUGUAAACAAUUCAUCCCCGACUAGGUUAUCUCAAAGUGAAGAAUCUGGCGCUGGAGGAUUGGACGUAAGCAAAGGGGAUGAAAGAGUCAUAAAUAAUUCCUGUAAUAUAAGUUCCUACAUGUCAGUGACAGAAAAGGAAAAGCUGAACAAAGUAGAGACUGGAGAUGGUCUGCGCAGGCAGUGUCGUGGCAGUAGUGACUUUUCGGUUUUGAAGAGUGGCAUUUCAUCAACGGAAGAGAAGUUAGAUACUUUAACCUCGACAAAGCCAAUUCGAAAUAUGAAGCCUUCUUCUGAAAAGAAAGCAAGUAGAUCACGGCGAUCACACAAUAGUAAAGCUAUUGCUCAUCUUGGAGAUAUUGCGGGUAGGUCAGGUGAUGACCGUGAAGAACUAUUAUCCGCAGCCAACUUUGCCAGCAAUGCCAGCUAUAUUGGCUGUUCUAGUUCAUUUUGGAAGAAAGUGGAACCUAAUUUUGCUCCUGUCAGCUUGGAUGUCAUAGUCUACUUGAAGCAGCUGGUUAAAACAAUAGAAGAUGAUCAAAGAUGUUUGUCUCAACGGCUUUGCCUUCAAAGUGAUGCCCCGGAGGGGGUUGUGCUUACGGACAAACUUUUGUUGCAAAGUCCUCUUGAGGGAGACAGAGGCAGAAGCAUUUUAGAUCAAACUGAAUCAAAAGAGCCACCCUCAAUGGUUGACACGGUUGAUCAACAUCGUGCAGGCAGCUUUCUGUGCAGUCAAAUGAAUUUAGAAAACAAACCAGCACCAUUGUAUCAAAGAGUAUUGUCAGCUCUGAUCGUUGACGAUCAAACUGAAGAAACCGUUGGAGAUGAAAACAUAUCUUUUCUGUGUGAAAGAGAUGAUUCUACUUUGGAGGCUUGGGAUUUUGAGAACCAAUUUAACAACAGCAGGACCGAACACGGAUGCAACACCGACACUGUUUCCUGUAAAGGGAAUGCUACCUCUGAGCAUACGUGUAUGGAGGAUAAACUCUUGUUGGAGUUACAGAGUGUCGGCAUAUAUCCAGAACUAGUGCCUGAUCUUGCUGAUGGAGGUUGUGAAGCCAUUGAUCAAAAUAUUAUUCAAUUGCAGAAGGAAUGCUUCCAACAGCUCACCAAAAAGAGAAAAUACUUUAUGAAACUUAUUCAAGCAGUAGAAGAAGGCAGGGAAAUGGAGCCACGAGCCCUUGAGCAAGUUGCUAUGGACAAACUUGUUGAGUUGGCUUAUAAGAAGAAGCUGGCGACUCGUGGAACUAGCGCUGCAAAGUAUGGACUUUCUAAGGUCUCAAGGCCAGCUGCUUUGGGUUUCAUGAAGAGGACUCUUGCUAGAUGCCGGAUGUUUGAGGAAACCGGGAAAAGUUGCUUUCAGAAUCCCAUGUUUAAAGAUAUCCUAUUUGCAACUCUGGCUCGUGAAAACAAUGCUGCAUCAACACUUGCUGAAAACCUGCCACUUGCUCAUAAUUCUCAGCAAGAAUGUGCACUAUCAGGUUCAUUUCCUUGCACGGAGCAAAAUGUCUUGGGAAAUUCAGACCAUCCCUCUGACCUGGAUGCUGCCAAGAUUGGACCAAUACUGAACGGGGGGAAGAAAGAAGAAGUGCUACUUGAUGAGGUUGGUGCUAGUGCUUCUUUGAAACCUACAUCAACUCUUGGCAAUUCGUUCUUGGGUGGAGCAAAAGGAAAGAGGAGUGGAAGAGUGAGGAACAAAGACACUUCUCGGAGAAGUUCUGUUCAAAGAGGCGUUCGUUCUUCUGCAAGUAACACAAGGAGUGAGUGUAAAAUAAAACCGAAGGCCAAACCAAAGGCAGCUCAACUGUCUACUUCUGCAGAAGGAUCUCUCGGCAAGUUGGUGGAAAAUAUUAAUUCUGAAAAUCAGUUGGCUUGUGGCUCUGGUCAACUGGUUUCCGAUGAUAACAACAGAAAAAGUAAAGUUGGGUCUGUAUCUCAUGGUAACGAUUAUGCUGUUGAAACUGAGGAACCCAUGGACUUAACAGACGUGCCUGAACUGGACUCCACAGAAGUAGGUGUAGGUAAAGACCUGGAUUCUUGGUUAGACAUUGAUGUGGAUGCUAUACAAGAUGAUGAGGUUGCGGUGGGCCUAGACAUACCUAUGGACGAUUUGUCCAUGGUUCUGUGAAGAUUAAUGCAGGAUAUUAUACAUCCCUAUGCAUUAUUUGGUAUUUAUAAACAGCGCUGUGUCAGUUGAAUGCUGCAAAUACAAUUCAUGCCUCUCAAGUUGGCACUCUUAGUUUUGCUCAUUAUUUUUAUACUGUCAGUCAGUAUCUAUAUAUAGUACCAAAUAUAGGAGCCCAUGAAAGGGUUAAAGAAAUAGAAAGAAGAAAAAGGUAGGCCUCAAUUGUUCAUAUGAUCCAGAGCUUCAUAUAGGUUGUAACUAUUUUACAUUCGUUACAAAACUGAUAUUCCCGUUGUAAUUUUCUCUCAUGGGCUUGUAAAUUAUCACAUCCAAAUUACAGCGUUAUUUUUGUUUUUGUCAAGCAAA